AUGGGUCUUUGCCGGAGGCAUGCUGCAUAUGCCCUCUCUCUCACCCUGGUCGUAUAUCGCAAGCUGCUGGGCGGUGCAUUUGAACCAAAAGCAACGAGUAACGCCCGUUGCGCUGUUUGUUAUUCCUACGCAAUCAUUGUCAGGGCCCCCAAGGACCCCAAAGACCCUAAUGACUGCGAAGAGCAAGAGGGCAGCUACAGGGCGAGCUUCAAUUCAUCCGCCAUGGCGGUGAUUGAUUUUUUCCCUCUCCUCCUCUCCACUUCUUGGUGCCAGGGCUGGGAGCUGGGGAAAACGGGGCUAAUGCAAGGAACGUGGAACGUGCUGGACGGAAUUUCGCACGGCUCGGGAAAAGCUGAUCCUGAUCGCUGCUGGCAUGUUUUGGCUUGGAAGGAGUGGAUAGGACUGGACACUAUUAGAUCACCACCCACCCCCUCCCUGGCUAGGGCCAACAGCUUUGUCGACGACGUCAAGGAGUACUGCCCGCUUGUGCCAUUACCGCCCCCGCCAACAUGCCCUGUCGUCGACCAGUCAUCAACCUUUUCUGAGCUCAUGUCUGAUGCCACGAUCCUGUUGCAGUCUGGCGCCAGUCCACUUCCCCCCAUUGACUCACGCAUUCCUGCAUUGCCUUGGAUUCGACAUCAAGGUACCGAGAGCCACAAAUUUCAUUUGGAGAUUGAAUGUUCGGCAGCCGAGUUGACAGUGAGAUUUGAGUUAUUCAACUUCAGACUGCCAAUUACAUACCGCAUCUCCAACCAAAAACUGGACAGAAACGAGCUUUACGAAAACUCUCGAUACACGGAGCGGCCCGCAAAGCUGUCAUCCCAUCUGAUCCUCAGACUUUCAGGCUAUCGAGAGAACACACUUUUGUCUCUACAAUUUUACCUCCAUCUCAGCUUCCACAAAGCCAUCGUCAAGUUCGGCUUACACCAAGCCCAAGCCCAAGCCCAAGCCCCAGGCUUGAAAGGCAGUGAGACCGGCGCCCUCAUCAAACCGUGGCGUCUUCAUUACGUACAAAAAGCCAGACAAGAAGCUAAGAGCCCAGCACACUUUCCCCAGACGCCCGGCGAGCGCCAUGAUCCGCGCAUCUUUCUUCCUCCACACAUCAAAUCUCCUUACCCCGCGUUUUCGCUGAACCUGGCUCCCUCCGGAUGA